AUGAUGAGUACAACGUUUACGCGUUUACAGUUCCAGAAGAGAGAAGAUGAGAAAUCUUGUCCACUUGCUCUGACAACUUGCUUCAACCCACUCUUUUGCACUAUCACAAUAGCCUAUAUAUUUCAAGCCACAAAAGAAGAAACACCAACCAAAGACACCACACAACACUCAGAAAUUUCCUUUUCCAUGCCCCUCUCUCCCUCUUCCAUGGCCUCAAUCCCACAGUUCUAUCCAAACUACACGUUCACUACUCACGAUCUUUCCGAGUUCCCUACCCCACUCAUGAGUAGCAACGCCUCAGUUAUGGACAACACCAUGUGGGGUGGUCAAGAUAGCUUGAUUCCUGUGCUUGAUAUGAAUAAUGGCGCGCUUGAUCAUAUUGUGUCACUGGAUUGUGAUACCAUGGCUUGUGCCAGUUGGAUGCCAUCCUUUUCUGAGCAGCUUGGGGGCCUUUCAGACUUGGCCAUUUCAGACUGCAAAAUGGGCUUCUAUGGAGGCUUUCAGAACUUCAACAGCAGAUACCAGCCAAAUAUUGGGGACUUUGGAGAUGAAUGUUGUGGGUUUGUGGAGGAUGUUAAACCUCCUGCUUAUCCUAAUGCUGCAAGAGAAAACUGGGGACUUCAAGGUAAUCAAAUGCAAGCAGUUGAAGAGCCUAACAUAAAGGUAGGAAGGUACUCAGAAGAAGAGAGGAAAGAGAGAAUUCUCCGAUAUUUGAAGAAAAGAAAUCAAAGAAACUUUAACAAAACCAUCAAGUACGCAUGUCGGAAAACCUUAGCUGAUAGGCGAGUCAGAGUUAGGGGAAGGUUUGCAAGAAACAAUGAGCUUUGUGAAGAAGACAUGGCAUCAAAAAAGCACGAGAAUCAUCACCACAAAGAAGACUUCUACGGUGGUGAUUCAAUCCAGUUCCAGUUAAAGAAUGAUGAGGAGGAUUGGCUGCAAGAGGCUAUGGCAAGUCUUGUUUAUCUAUCUCAUUCUUCACCUGAAGAUAUGUAA